AAUCUUUCUAAGACCACUUACAAACUGCACAUGACCUCCUCAUCGUUUUCAUAGUGUUAAGUCAAGUAUCUAUCGGUGCUGCCGGCCUGGCCUGACAAGAUCUCGCUACACCAAUCUACGGUGCUUGUGUGCUGCUUUCUUAGCCGAUCGACCAAGUUCAAACCUCAGUUAGUCGAUUACGAACAUUCAGUGUGUAAGAUAGUAUUUUGUGCGGUGCUGUCGGUUUGAGUCCGCGCUUUCCUACAUGCUGUUAGGGGAUCGUUCGUAUAUAAUUUAAAGAUUCCGCGAAUAAAGUAAUAUUCUAAGUUUAGCGAUACAGCAAGAGGAGUGUACUUGUCGCGCGGGAAAUCCGUUCUGGAGUUUUUUUGUAUCUUUUACUCGUUUUACCACAUAUAGUACUCUCGGGAACAUACUACACACUAUCACGAUCGUUUUCUAUAAAGUGCGACUCAAGUGCGGUUAUCUAUCAUUGAACCGAGAAGUUGUAGCUAAUUAUAUUGAUUACAACAAAUAAAAAAUUCCAAGCAUCUAAAACGUGUGUAGAUACGAUGAUUUACUACUAAUAAUAUUUUGAGUGAUUGUGCCCGAUCGUGUGUUGAGUAGAAGUUCUUUUCGAGAUCGUCUGACGAAGAUCGGCCCAUCGAGCCAUUGAGAGGAGAAGCAACGCGCGAAAAUUAUUUAUAAUUUUUCCAAUUGACGGAAUAGCGAAAAUAGCCUGAACGACGCAGCAUCAGCAUCAUCAUCAACGGUGGACACUAGCAGUUAGUGAUCGAGACAGUAACAUCUGGGAACGUUGGAUAGAUCCUCAGAUACUCCCUGGAAGAUUCUGUCCCUGCGAGAUCACAUUCUGGAACUAGGAAAACAGACCAAGACUGAUAGUGACGCCUUCAGCAUUAAGAUUGCAAUUUAGCGGGUUCAGUGGGGACCUAGUUUGGCUGAACUGAUCGCGAGGUUCUCCUUUGGAGCUAAAAAUAUCCAGACUCACAUGAGUACGAUUUCCCGUAAGAGGAGGAGUCUUGACGUGAAUUCAGUCAGCUUUACUUAAUUUUGACGUUAGAUGCUCCAAUGCAUGCUUGAGAUCACUGAAGAUCACUAAGUGGCGCAUCUUAUCUUGACGAAACGCUAUACGCAAAUAUUGUAAGAAACGCAAAGUCAUUGACGUAUCUUUUUGGAUCUUUUAUAUCGUCUACGGAUUCCUGUCUGUAGUUAUUUUUAUCACCGCGAGAGAGAACGUAAAUCUGAAAACGCGCCGCCAAAUCUAAUGCUUUUGGAUUAAGAAAGAUACACGCGUAGAUGCCAGACAGAGUGGAUCUGAACAUAUAAAUAUUUUUGUCUGUUAGUCAUUUAAGUGAGAAAUCGGGAAGACAUCGAUUUUUCAACAAAAACAGACACACUCCAAGGCGAGACGACAUAAUUUCGCGAAAGUACAUAGUUCACUUGCCGAGCGAGUUAAAUCAGUUUAUUAUUCCGAAGAAGAUUCCAGUGGCAGCGAUUGAUUAAGCGAGUGCAGAACUAAUUGAUCCUAAUUUAAACUAAUUCGAAAAAUCCAAUAUUCAAUAUCAGAACGGAUCGCAGCCGCGACUACUAAUGAUUGGUGGUGAUCAAUUAUUAUCUAAUCAUUCAUCGGCUAUCUGGAUGUUAAUGAGGAUUGGAGCCAGGGUACAAGUGGCUGCAUCACUGAACCCCGUCGACAAGGCGCAGUCGUUAGAGGAAUCAAUAACAAUCGAUCAGUGAGAGACCUCGGUUGCCUGAAGAAAUGCAUCUAAAGAUCGCGAGUCUCAUUCCGCAUUGCCAUCACGAUCAGUUCAACUAGAUAACGAGUACUAACAGUGCCAAAAGUAUAAAUAAAUAAAACUAUCUUUAAUCCAUAGCAAAAGAUACAAUAUCUAAAAUCAGUGAAAAUUCUGUAACUCCGUCCCACAUCGUACAGUUUUGCCGGUCAAUCGAUAGAUAACGAUCAAUAUAUCAAUCGAUCUCAAAUUGAUAUUGUGUGUAAAGAUAAAGAUAAAAGAUAAUCGUGGAGAUCUUUUUUGGCGUAUCGCUACAGAUCACCAUUGAGUGAGUAUCUUUGUGGUCGCAAACGCACGUAGCUGAUCGGCUAGCGCGCUCUACAAGAUCACCUCAGAUCAGAGCUCUUCUGACCGGCAUUGCGCUGGACUAAAAAGCAUAGUAAAAUACAAAACACGGGUGAAGAAGAAACAUCUUGAAGGCAACGAAAACGCGCGCCCCUUCUUAACUUUCGUCAGACAAAUAAACGAUCUCCAGACAUGGCGCCGAGAUCCAGAAAGAAGAAGGCACAUGAUCGUGUAUUAACUUGCUAUUGCGAUGGACACUGCCCAGGAAAUUCACCAAACUCAACUUGCCAGACACGACCAGGAGGUUCGUGUUUCAGCGCAGUUGAAGCUGAAUAUGAAGAAGAAACAGGAAUGUAUGUCGAAUACAGAACAUUUGGUUGCAUGGCUCCAGAAGAAAAUGGUGGACUGUUAAUGUGUAAAGUCGCCAAAGUACCACAUCUACAUGGAAAAAACAUAUUAUGCUGUGACGGAGAGGAUCUAUGCAACCGUGACCUGAACCCCAAGUUCACGCCAAAAACGCCUGUGCCGCCAGUAAAGCCAGCUGAAGAGGCGCUUAGUAGUAAUUAUUUCGUAAUUUUCUCAUCAAUCAUCGUAGGUCUGUCAGUAUUCGCGGUCCUUAUCGUAGUGGCAUUCCUAACAUACAGACGUCGUGAGAAACAACGCAAACAACCACGCCUUAUGGACGGAAUGUGCGGAAGUCAGUUGGCUCCUCUACAAGAUUUGGUGGAACAGAGUUCCGGGUCAGGUUCUGCGGCGCUACCGCUUCUAGUACAAAGAACAAUUGCUAAACAAGUACAAAUAAUACAACCAAUUGGUCGUGGACAAUACGGUGAAGUGUGGCUUGCCAAGUGGCGUGACGAGAAGGUGGCAGUUAAAAUUUUCUUUACAUCCCAAGAGGCAUCGUGGUUCCGCGAAACAGAAAUUUAUCAGACCGUUCUUAUGCGACAUGAUAAUAUCUUGGGCUUCAUUGCUGCCGAUAUAAAGGGUACAGGGUCGUACACUCAGAUGCUUUUGAUAACAGAUUACCAUGAGAGGGGAAGUCUUUAUGAUUAUCUGCAGAAGAAUGUUCUUAGCCCACAAAAAUUGCAAGUCCUAGCCUACUCCCUGGCUGCAGGCCUAACUCAUCUUCACACUGAAAUCUGUUGCCGUCGUACUAAGCCAGCUAUCGCUCAUCGUGACCUGAAGAGCAAGAAUAUAUUGGUCAAACGCAACGGUCAAUGUGCCAUAGCCGAUUUCGGACUGGCUGUUAAAUAUUCCAGCGAACAUAACGAAAUUCACAUUGCCCAGAAUGAGACACGCGUGGGAACCCGACGUUACAUGGCUCCUGAAGUUUUGGAUCACUCUCUGAAUCCUCAGCAAUUCGAGGCCUUCAAAAUGGCUGAUAUGUACUCUAUGGCUUUGGUGUUGUGGGAAAUGUGCCGACGAUGCUGCACUCCGAUCAAAGGAACAAUAUCGACAACUUGCGAAGACUAUGCUCUGCCUUAUCACGAUUAUGUCCCAUUCGAUCCUAGUUUCGAGGAAAUGCAUGCUGUUGUAUGCGUAAAGGAAAUCCGUCCGCCAGUUCCUUCAAGAUGGCAAGAUGACGAGGUACUUGCCACCCUUGCAAAGAUCAUGCAGGAAUGCUGGCAUCCGAAUCCAACAGUUCGAUUGACGUCGUUAAGGGUGAAGAAAACACUAAAGAAAUUAGAAGGGAUUUGUAUAAAUAUUGUGUAGUAGGGUAGUAACGAGUCCUUUUUUUUGUUUAUUAUUUUAAUUGUUUCCCUUUUUUUAUCUAUAAUUGAAUGCAGAUUGAUUUGAAAAGAGAAAUUUGUACAUACUUUGGUGAUAUUAUUCCAUGAAUGCCUUAAUAUUAAGCGAAAUUUUCCGAAGAGUUGUUCAGUUAAGUUUAUUAUUCGAGUCUUGGUACAAAUUACAAAUCGAUUCAUAAUUUCAUUUCUCUUUCCGAACAGUCGAUUCAAUUGUUUUCAUAAUGUGCAUAUUAUAAUAUGUAAAUCUUGGAGAAAAUCCUUUCAAAAAAGAAAAGAAAAUCUAAAAAAUAUACCCAGGAACACUCUAAACUGUAAAGAAUUAACAUUAUUGUCUCGUUCUAAGCUUUGAUAUUAAAUAGCUAAUGUAAUGUAUCUUAAAAUUAAGUUAUUUGUUAUUUCGAUGUAAUGAAUGAAGAUUGCGAAUAUUCAAAAAUAAUUAGACAUUUACAAACAAGAAAUGUUGCCGAUGGAGAGUAAGUGUUCAGAAAAAUGGAAUACUUAGACAGUACUAGGUCAGCAAAGGCUUCGUAGCUAUGAGGAUGUGAGUUGGUUUGCAUAAGACAAGUGUAAUCAAGACUGAAGAUACUUUUACUGUACGACUGGAUUAGUUUUAGUGCCUUCUGGAGGGCCGAUCUGCUGUAGGCUUACCUGGGUCCUAGUCUCAAUAAAAACCUUCAAUGAUAAGAAGACUGCAUGGGUUGUCUACGCUCCAUAUAGGAGCGAAUAGCAGAUUUACGUCCCCACACCUAUAGUCACAGGGAGAGGGAAAUCCGUAGUAGAUCAGCUGCAGAAUGAAAGAAUUUCACUGAGGGAUCUUCUAAUGUAGGAGAUACAUUUCCCCCUUGAUCUUUGAAUUCGUUGUUUUCGUCGAGUUGAUUCAAGAAUCGAGUUUUACUAGACGUAGUUCCUGUAACUACUGAGAGACUCAGAGCUUUAAAUUCAAUCCUUUCCCAUCCUCCAUGAGAACUUGUGUCAGGUUUCCUCGACUAGCCAUUAGGAAACAAACCCAGCUUUACCCCUAAACACAACGCAGUAAGCGCCGAAAACCCCAACCACAAAGCCCCGACUCGACGAAACCCUCGUAUCUAAAAUCAAUUCUGGUUGCUUAUUCAGAAAAUAGCCUUUGCUUCUCUUAUGCAAACCUCUGUGCACUGCGUCUGAGCCAUAGAAUAACAUUACAAAUUAACGUUAAUAAUUUAUGACUAGAAACAGUUCAACAAUGUAUGUAAAUAGUAGCGAUAGUCCUUAGCCUAAACACAAAUCAGAAAAUAAGUCCUCAAGUAACCUGUACAGAACGCAACGAGUCGGCAGAGGAGAAGGAUAAUUUAACAUUAACAUUAAAACGAAGAAAAAAAGCAACAAAACCUUGAUUUCUACACGAAAAUGUUGACUGAGGAUUUUCCUUCUUUCUUUUGAAAAAUGCAUUUAAUUUGUUUUUUUAUAGGAAGCAAUUCAUGUUGAUAAUUCUGGUUAAGUUAACGAGAGUACAGUAGACGAUCCUACUCAAAAAUCUUAUGGAAAUAUUUGUUUGUAUUUUUGUUUUAUAUGAAUUUGCAUUUUCAAUGUCGAUUUUCUUUCGGUUUUUUUAAUGGAAACUGUUGAGGAUGAAAAGGAUGCGAUUUUAUUUAAAAUAUAAUUUUUUUUUUCUUUCGUAUGUGAUAUAUGAAUCAUUUCGGAAUAAGUAAUGGAAUAUUUUAAAAUUAAUUACUGUUAGUUAUGCUAGGGAAGAAAAAUGAAGAAAGAAGUUUAAUAAAUUUAUUUGUUUUUAACUCCAA